AUGGAUAGACCAAAAGGGACGAAACGUCGAUUUGACCUCUUUGCUUUGGGAUGCCUCGUCGCGACCACUAGCCAUUUAGGCUCCCAGUUUGACAGCACCUCCUCGUUUGCGCGACCACAAUAUUUUUCCAUAGCCGUCUUCACCAUAACUGCAGCAUUUUGUUUUGUCCUGUCAUGUCUGGUCUCGAAUGAGACUGUAUGGCCAAAGGCUCUAGAUGUCAACGAAAAACCUGGACUUGCUACCUCGCAAAUACCGAUCCUCACAAUCACAGAACCAGAGCCGCGCCGGACUCUUCAACCUCUUCUCAAGUCGGCGAAACAUGUUGCCGCAAUCAUAAAACGGUGGUCUCCUCCAACAAGAGUAUCUGUACUUUUGUCUGUGGUUGUCUGCCGUGGACUACUCUUCUGGCACGUGUUGAGGCACAUACAAUGUUCCUGGGGCUGGAUCCAGGCUCUGCUGCCACUAUCCGUCGUUCUGGCCGAUGGGCUAAUCCCGGCAGAACACACGUGGAUAUCUUUGCCCCACGUGAGGACAGAUGAUGACGAAGAGCUGAAGCAAUGUCGACUAGGUCGCCACUGCCAUGGCUCGAGGAACUUGCGCCUGAGAUAUGCAGUGCUGGCGGCCAUGUGGGCCCUCGCAUCCGCCCAGAUGACGAUGCACUGGUAUCGGCCUACGGAUGUCAUCUGUCCGCGGGGGUGGAGGAUAGAGCAGUACAUCCCUGCUACGCAGGUUCUCUGCUUGGCCCUGGACGCCGCCUUCCUGGUACUAACCCAUCGUCUUCGGCCAGGCCAAGGCAGUGACGGGGUCGACAACAACCCUUCGAGCUAUUUUUCGGGCUCCUGCUGGAAGACACUCAGUUUUGUCUUUGCAACCACGGCCACCAUAAUGUCAUUUUGUGUCUGGGUCGGUUCUACGCGCGGGUAUGAUGCCCAGGUACACGACGCACUCGACGGAUUAGAGGGGUCUGACUUAGUCGGCGACUCGUUUUGUGCAGCGGUGCUACUGCUGUCGGUUAUCUAUUUACUCGCCAGGAUACAUCCAGCCACGAUGGCGCUCAUACUCUCCGGUUUGAGCCUUUACGUGCAUCGACUCGCUACACGUGGCUACGAUGCGCCCUGGGAACAAAUGGACUGGACGACAUCCACGCUAUUUCCUACAAUUAUGAUCAUCUCGGCUGGAAUGCUGAUUCGGUGGGACCGAGACUUGCGCCCGCAACCGAGGUCAUCUGCUUCCGAGGGGGUCGUACACAGAGCGUUAAUAUUUGGCUACUUGAUACUGGCUGGCUCGGUUCUCUACUCGACGGUUUUGGGUAUACCGGAUGAAUCUGCUGUUCAAGAUGUGUCAGGGUUAGGAACCAUUAUUUCCGCCGCCUACGCCGAGUCCGAAAGGUGGCAAGCACGGGCCGGCAGAAGCAAAACGCUCGAGGAGGCGGUUCGGACUUAUCGGCAGCAACAGGGCAUACCGCCACCGCCCAAUUUCGACAAGUGGUAUGAGUUUGCACGGACGAAAGAAUCAAUCAUCAUUGACGACUUUUCCCAGAUUGAGUCGGAUCUUCUCCCUUUUUGGGGCAUGGAGCCUUCCGCCAUUCGGGACAUGACCGGUCAGCUGCUCGAGUAUCCCAAGUCUUCGAUGGGUGGCCUACGGAUCCAGAAUGGCGAGGUUAAGCUGUCGCCAAAUAUCCCGGGCACCCACUUGUGGAUGGUGAUGGGCAUGGCCGAUAUAAUACGCCCAUUUUCAAAGUGGCUCCCCGACAUGGAUCUUGCCAUCAACCUCGACGACGAGUGCCGUGCUGCUGUGCCAUUUGAAGAUCAGGCGGCGCUUCAGGCCGAGGCUAGAAUCACCCGAUCUCGAUUGGGAAAUAUGGGGACAGAAUAUCUGAUUACAUCGUUCAAUUCAUCUGAGGCCUCAACCUCAAAAUGGUCAGAUCGCUUCAUGGCAAAGGACGGCAUGAAGAGCAAGAUGAUCCUACCGCCUUUCUUUGAAGACUAUCACAAAAAGCCCAUCUACCGCACUUUGGUGGCACCAGCAUGUCCCCCCGACUCGCCGGCGAGGAAUUGGCGGUGGUGGAACAAGAGGGACACCUGCCUGGCAUGUGCAGCGCCACACGUCUCCUUGACUAUGGAAGGCAGGGUCGUCUCGAAUUGGACAGGGGCUCAGGAUGUGUGCCAUCAGCCCGACAUGGCGCAACUAGACGGUUUCAUUUUCUCGCCAGCAGCCAUGAUCACAACCCAGAAGAUGAUGCCCGUCUUCAGCCAAGCCAAGGUUACGGGAUUCGUCGACAUUCUAGUGCCAUCGCCGUGGAAUUUUCAUUCCAAGUCGCCUUACAAAGAGUCUGAUGACAUGUCGUGGGACAAGAAGCAAAACACAGUUUUCUGGCGUGGUUCUGCAACGGAUGGUUUUGCUGCUGCUGGGUCGUGGACCUCAUUCCUGAGGGCAAGGUUUGUUGAUGGUGCAGAUGCGCUUGCUGAACAGAUGGGGCCGUCUGCAGGCACCUCAGGCGUUGGAUUGAACGUCAGUUUUGUUGGCGCCUUCCCCCGAUGCGAGGGACCCGACUGUCACGCUGAGACGCAGCAUUUCUAUGAAAACCGCCGCUCGCCAAUCACGAUCGAGGGGGUGGAUGCAGAAAACGACAAGGCAUCUGCGGAGAACAAGAAAAGCUCAGGUUACUCGGUUCCAUUUGAGGAGCACUGGAAAUUCCGACACCUUGUAGACCUGGACGGUGCCGGCUUCAGCGGGCGCUUCCUCCCAUUUCUGCAGAGCAAGAGCCUCGUGUACCGGGCCGGCCUCUUUCGAACGUGGUUCGACGAGCGCGUGCACCCAUGGCGUCACUACGUGCCACUUGACCUGCGGCUGGGGAUGGGAACGGACGCUUGGUACUCGGUGGCCGCCUUCUUCGGCGGCAGGCGGGGGUCCCAUCUCGGAGAGAAAAUCGCGCUCGAGGGGCGUGAGUGGGCGCAAAAAGUUACUCGGCCGGCGGAUAUGCAGGUGUACAUGUUCCGGCUACUGCUCGAGUGGGGCAGGAUAGUGGACGAUCGGAGAGAAGCCUUGGGCUACUUUGGUCCCAGUAGAAGUAGCGGCUGA